AUGGCAGGCCAACAAUUCCCCACUGAUGUUAAGGCAAAAUACGUCCCCUAUGAUAAUCAACACUCGGAAAUUUUGAAAGCUGGUGACCCAAAACCACUUGAUUUGGCAGCGGAAUUGAAAGACGGAACUGUCGUUAUUACAGCAAUUCCCGGUGCUUUCACCCCAACUUGUUCCCUCAAACAUAUCCCUGAAUACAUUAAAAAUGUUGACAAAUUAAAGAAAAAGGGAGUCAAGAGAGUGAUUGUCUUAGCCGUGAAUGACCCGUUCGUGAUGUCGGCUUUUGGUAAGGCAGUUGGCUACAAAAAUGAAGAAAACUUUGUUGUGUUUGCCACUGAUCCAGAGGGUCAAAUUUCAAGUCAAUUGGGUGAAGACUAUGUCUUAGAUUUGAGUAGUGCUGGUUUGGGUAAGAGAUUACAAAGGUAUGCUGCUAUUGUAAAAGAUGGUGAGAUUUUUUACUUGGCUAAUGAAGAUGGUGGUGAUUUUACUGAAAAGUCAAGUGCUGAAACAUUACUUGAUAAGUUGUAA